AUGCUGGGAGUAAGAUCCGGGUUUAAGGCAAAGAUAAACGAAGUCGCCCCAAACGUGUUUAGUGUCCACUGUAUGAUUCAUCGCGAGGCUCUCGCAGCAAAAACUCUUCCAGAUAUACUGAAAAAUGUCAUGCAACAAGUCAUACGUAUGGUGAAUCAUAUCAAGUCGAGUGCCUUAAAUACCCGCUUGUUCAGAAAGUUCUGUAGAGGUAUGGAUGCCGACCACAUCAACCUUCUGUAUUACACAGAAGUCCGUUGGCUGUCUUGUGGGAAUAUGAUGCAACGUGUUUAUGAGCUGAGAACUGAAAUAAGAGAUUUUCUUCAAGGGCAGAAGAAAGAUGAUUGGGCUAAUCUACUGAAUGACAAGGAAUGGCUUGCUAAAUUGAGCUACCUUAGUGACAUUUUUGAAAGACUCAAUACUCUGAACAGGUCAUUACAGGGAAAAGGUUCAAAUAUUAUGGAGUUUCACGAUAAACUGGAGGGAUUUCUAGGAGUUAUAGAUUUGCUCAUUCGAAAAGUGCGAGCAGAUAGAUAUGCACUAUUUCCGAGCUUGUCUGAAUUCAUUGAGAGUGAAAACUUUGAAGUGGCUAAUUUAAAAGAACCUAUUGAAGAACACCUUCUGUCCUUGAAAUCUGAAUUCGAUAGAUAUUUUCCUGAUAUCGAUACCGAGCAAUUCGCUUUGAUUCGUAACCCCUUUGAUGCAGUUGAAAAUUUCGAUGACGAUGAUGAACCCGCCGAAGCCGAGCUUAUCAAAAUGCGUGCCGAUAACUGUGCUAAAGAUGUGUUCUCACGAUCUCCGCUGUCAACAUUUUGGUGCAUAAUGCGUCAUGAUUAUCCCAAUUUAGCUAAAAUUGCUUUGAAAAAGUUGUUACCAUAUCCUUCCACGUAUUUAUGUGAAUCGUCGUUCUCAACGAUGACGGCAAUGAAAACAAAAUCACGUAAUCGUCUCGAACUAGAACACGAUUUUAGGGUGUGUGUGUCUACCACCCAGCCAGAAAUUUCGAAAUUGGUUCGAGAUGCAAAAAAUCCUCAAGACAUUGAGUUCAACGAAAUUAGAAAUAUUUCGACGAUUGAUGGGGUGUCGCGUGAAAGUAAACUGAUUGUUGAGAAUAGUUGAGAAUUGUACUAUAAACAUGUUUUCUUGACUUUCUAUCUAUUAUUUAAAAUUUAAAUCAUUUACUAUUUUACUAACUAUUUCGAAAUUCGUGUUUUUGAUAGACUUCAGUGGGCAAUUUCUGUUCAGGGGACGUGGUAAUUCAAUCAUGUGAAAUCGGGGGGACACAUGAGAAAACCAGUUGAAAACCAUUGAUGUAACACCUUAGAUUGUUACAUUAAUAAUAAAUAUAAUGAGCAUAUAAUUUUGAUUUAUAACUACAGGCCUCGAUUAGCUUUGCUAUUUUGGGUGUAGUACUGUAUUAUAUUUGUUAUGUUUAAAUUUAAUAAAAUGUGAUUGAAAAUUGAUUGAAACUUUAAUAAAUGACAACAAUCUGUUGACUUCCUGUCAAUCUGGAUUUUGGUCAUUACCUAGUACAGUAACAACGUUGCUGGAGGCUGUUAAUAUAUAGAUGAUGGUCUAAUUAAUGGGGUUGUUUUCAUUGAUCUGAAAAAGACUUUCAUACUAUUGACCAUCGGAUAAUUUUACAGAAAUUAGAAAAUUAUGGUAUUGACCAUAAUAGUCGUUUAAAAUGGUUCGAAUCAUAUCUUACUGGCAGAACACAAAAAUGAUCGGCUAUCAGGUUCGACGUCAGUAAUGUGCAGUAUCCCACAAGGGAUAAUAACAAUAAUUGUGAUUUGACUAUGCUAUCGUAGAAAUUACACUAAUUUUGUUACAUACUAAACAUUCAGCACAAAGCUCAUGACAUUUAAUAAUAUCAGCAAAUUAGUUAGCCACUACUAACAUAUUAGUCACAGUGGCGGACACUUUACGAAAAUUUCUUGGGGGGAUUUUUAAAUUUGAAACCCGAAAAUAGCAUUUGCAGCAUUCUGAGAACCCAUUUUGUAAAAAAAUAGGUUUUCAAAACACUGUUUUAAUGGUGCGUUUUGUUAUAAAUCACAUGCUAAGUAUAGAAAACUAACAUUUCAGAGAAAAUAUUUACAUGAUUAUUUACAUUUGUGAAUGGAAUUGCAAGGUGCUUUAAUUUAACCUGCCAAUGACAAUGUAAAAAUGUAUUCGCUAAGUGAUGAUGUUAAUUGGAUUAUCCAUUGUUUUUGAGCAUAAUAGUUUAAUACCAUUCAAAUAUCAUUGUUCAGCAGGAAAUUUCUCCCCUAAACAAUUGUAUAAGCUUCUGAAGCAACAAAUAAUCGACUCUGACAUUUAAAGAAGUGCUGGUUGCAAAAAGUUGACCCCCUAGUAUCCAUCAAAAAGAGUGUAUAAAAUGCAAAUGUUGUGACAUGUACAGUACAGAAACAUAUAUUAUUAUAUUAUGACUACAAUUAUGUUAUUAUAAGUGUGAUUUGUUUUAUUUGAUACAAAAUUUUUAUAGUCUUUCAAAAUUAUUCAGGGGGGGGGCAGGGCUCGGACCCCCUAGCCCACACCCACCUAGUUUCUGCCAAUGAUUAGCCAAUACAGUAAAAUUCAGCUUUUAAGUUUGAGGUUAACGUUUGCAGUAUAAAUUUUACACAUGUAUCCUGAUACAUUUUAUGUACAUUUUCUGCAUGAGCAGAACAGACUUGACAGCCUCUUUAAUUACUAUAAUUAACUUAUUUACAAUAAUUAAGAAAAUAAACAACUUGUUUACAAUAAUUUACAAUAAGACUUACAAUAAAUAACUUGUUUACAAUAGAUGGAAAGAGGAAACGUAAACAGAAAGUGCACAUUAUGUGGACGGUAGAGGAGAAGAGGGCUGUUUUUUCACAAACUAUUCGUGACAAUGUAUACGCAAAGAAAGCACAGUGUGUAGAUUUCUUGGAACAUAAUCAUGGGGCAUACUCAUCAUCACCACCAUUUUCAUCUGGGUUGUUUGCAUCAUCUAGAAUUCAUGAAGUGAUUUCAAUGAAUUGAUGUUAUUUUUUAAUAUGAUAUUGGAUAAUCCAAGCAAAGGGCGCCUUCAUGAUGCGCUCAACCUCAAACCAGUAUUUUACACAUACAUCCGAAGCUUCAACUCUGCAACUCUACAAAACAGAUAUUAAUACAAAACAAAUAUUUAUAAUCUUCUUCCACCAGACAUCUCAAUAAUUAAUGUACGAAACAAACUUCAAAAAAAUCUUGCUCAUGACUGAAACAAUCUUUAUGAGAUUUAUAAUAUACCUGCUGUAAAUUACUGUAAUACACAAAAUUAUUUACUAUAAAGUACAAUACCAGUGUCCCAUUACAGGGUGUAUAAAAAAAACUGAACAGAUUUGAAAUUUAAAAAUGAAAAUUAAAGCCCAGCAAAUGACUUUCAGACAAGACAUAACAAAAUAUAAAAUUUAUUGGCUAACGUUUCGUUGUAUUGUUCACAACAUCUUCAGAGCAAUUAAACUUAUUUACAAGCGUGUAUUAUAUAUAUACAAAUAGAUUCAAACAGUUACAGUAUUCAAAUAAGCGAAUAAGAGGAAGGAUGAAAAACAACCUGUCAUUAAAAGCAAUAGUAUUAGUAAAUUAAAGAAAUAAUGUAAUGACAGGUUGUUUUUCAUCCUUCCUCUUAUUCUCUUAUUUGAAUACUGUAACCGUUUGAAUCUAUUUGUAUAUAUAUAAUACACACUUGUAAAUAAGUUUAAUUGCUCUGAAGAUGUUGUGAACAAUACAAUGAAACAUUAGCCAAUAGAUUUGAAAUUGCUCUCAAUUUCGCAAAACAGCUGCAUCCAGUUUUUUAUGUAUAUAGGUUCUUUGGGUACUUAUAUGUUAUAUAGGUAGAAUAAUGAAAAAAAAUUCUCAAACUCAAAUUUUGUGAACCAGGGGGUGUGACUUUUCCAACAAACUAAAAAUGGCUUGCACACAAAAUUUAAAAGCUUUAAUCAUAUUUUGAGUUAACAGAUGGAACAUUUGUUGGGUUUUUAAUUACUGUCCAAAAUUUCAGACAAUUUGCUUUAGUUUAAGCCCUUUAGCUACUCAUUUCUUCCUAAAAAAUCAGCCUUUCGCAUGCUUAAUUAAUGUGUAACAUUAAUUAAUGCUGACAUAUGCAAAUUAGGCAAAGGCAUUAAUUAAGCAUGCAAAUAGCCGACUUUUGGGAAAAAAAUGCAAGUUUCUGUGAAUAGUUAACAGGCUUAAACUGGAUAGUAAUAGCUGUUUUGCAAAAUUGAGAGCAAAUUCAUAUCUGUUCAGUUUUUUUAUACACCCUGUAUUGUAACAUAUCCCCCCUUGUUUUAUAAUUAUAUUUUUUAACAUGUAGUUCAAGAAAUAAAAUUGAUUUAGAGUAAUUUUAACUAACGUUAUGAAAUUUACACGCUAACUGCAACUACGUAUUUUAACCACCAACAAAGUUUAUGCUAACCUGGUUGCUGAAGAUGAAUGUAAUCACCGCACAAACAUUAAAUCCACAACCCAAUGCAACUUUUCAACACUCUAGUAUAUAUAAUGUCUUCAUCAGUGGUUGUGGCUGUAAUCUUGUAAACUCUUUUCCAAUCACAGGAAAUUUAUCUUCAGUGACGAUGGUCAGAGAAGCAACAACAGACCCAACUGAAUCAGGUAAGAUUGUAAAUCAAGCCAGGCCAAACAGACCCUUCAAAAGCUUCAAAAACAGGAAAACUCCAAGCUAAAAAUGAAAAGAGAAAAUGUAUGGCUCGUAUUGUUCUAAUAUUUUAAUGGAAAAAUUAAUGCUUAACCAUAUUAUGGUAACCAGGAGCUUGAUGGCAACUGAGAGAACUAUAAUGACAAUUAUUAAUUUCUAACAUUGUCCAGUAGUCUUAAUGAAAUGUUUCUGUUUGCAAUGUUAUAUCAAUUUAUUGAUGUAAAUACAUGAGAAGCAAGAAAAACUUCCAUGUGCUUCAUAUGCCAUUUUUUCUAUACAAUUAUGCCUUCUGAUACUCGGCCCUGGAAACUAGUUCUUUAAAUUUUAUUUAAUUCAAUAUUAUCCUUUCCUUAUACAUUCCAUUAGAUGAAUGUGGUGAUACAAAAACAAUGCAAAAGAGACAGCCAUGGAAAACAAACGAAAAACAGGAUGUCUUGCGGUUCUUCAAGCACAAUAUUGAAAAAAAAAAAAUUUCUGAAAAAAGACGAGUGUGAUAGAUUUCUGGAGCUGCACCAAGAAAGGAAGGACAGAAGUUGGAGGAAAAUUAAAGAUUUUGUAAGAAACCACAUCGUAAAUUUAACUAAGCAAAAAUAAUAUCAAUUAUAGAGGUACUCUACACAUUGGUUGAGUCUACUAACAAACUUUCAUUUUCGAUUCAUUAGGAACAGAUUCGUUGGAAGUCUUAAUCAAUAUGUUAACACCAUAGUUUUUUCAAGUUUCCAAACCACGGUUUCCAAAACAAAUUUGGUCACAGUAUGUUGAAAAUUUUGCAAACUUUCUUUGUUUUAUUUUUGGAAACUAGGUCUCGGAAACUUGUUUGAAUUUUAAAACCCAAUUGUGGUUUUGUGAUACGGAGUAUUGGCUUUUAAAACACAACCCUUUUCCCUAUAAUAUAUAAAUAAGGUUCAUCAGUUCAUAUAUAAAUUCCUGAUGGGGAUACAAAGGUUAUGUUUCGAUCAGUAUACAUUUUCAUAAUUUGAAUUGAGUCAAAUUUUGACAUUUUCAUAAUUUGAAUUGAGUCAAAUUUUGUGCAGGGAAAACUAGUACUGCAUGACAAAUGCUUACUGGAGAACGAGUUGUCGCGCUUCAAAAAAUGAACUCCAUUUUCAUUAAACAAGUUUGAAUUGUUUUCUCCAGUGGACAAACUCACUCAAGUACUCUUUUCACAAAAGAUAUAAAUUUUGACAGCAGGCCUUGUACGGCGCUCUGUUAUUAUUAAUUGAAUGCAAUUUGAAAUUUUGUCAUCAUUGCGCAUGGAUAAACUUAAAAUUGUAAGUUAUUAAAUACUUUGUUGCAACAUUUAAAGGUAAUGUUCAAUGUGCAAGUUAUCUUUGUAUCACUUAUCUUAGUGAUGAUUAUAUUUGUAUCACUAAUUUGCUUCAGUCCUUAGGUUCUUAGAGUGCAGAUUUAACAGUGUUGUUCUUAAACAUAACCUGGUUGCUUGAAACUAACAAUAGAUUGGUUAUCAGAUCUCAGAUUAAUCAUGAAUCUCAAACAACCAAUCUGUUAAAGACCAUGACAAGUCCGUAAUUUAAACAAAUCCUUUGUUUAUAUUUUGAACUGCUGUAUUUGUAAAAUAAGACAUACUACCUGAAUAUCUAGCAGUUUUCUGGUUUGCUAUUGUAAAUUAAUAUAAACUAGAGUAUGUUUCAAUUAAAAAAAGUUCGAAAAAUGCAAAAUUUGGGCAAUGUUUAUUUCUGUGGGUCCCUCUUUGUUAUGAGCAGAACUGAUGUGCAGAACGGACUUGACAUGGUCUUUAAUAGUUCACCAUUACGUUUUUACUGUGUAUAUAGUUGUAACGUUUUUACCAUUUUAAAUGCCGUAAUAAAUAGCCGCCUAUUUUUCUUGUUGUUAUAACAGUUACAACGGGCAUGCUGUUACUGUGGGGUGAUGAUUCUGAAGAUGCCAUGCCACAAAAACACUCCAAGGAAGCAGAUGUCAUCGCGGCACUUAAAUUUCCAACCAGAUCGGCCGAGAGAAAAGUGGCAUGGCAUAAAUUAAGAUUGUGGGGGAAUUAUCAUAACAUGACUGUGAUGGAUGUUGGCGAAGGAAAUCUUGUUGUGGCAAGGAAAUCAAACGGGUCCGGUCAUACCAUAGCUGCUGAUGACUUCCACAAAGCAGCACGAACAGAGGAGAAACCCGCAUGCUAA